AUGUCGCGGCGCUUGGCGCAGUCUUGCGGGCUACUCGGCCUCUGUGUCGUGGCUGGGAAGCAUGCCGCCCAUUGUGCGACCGUAAAAACCUUCAAGUCCAACCCGCACAUGAUGCGCGGCGUGAAGGUGAAGGCGGAAUCCUACGAGAUUUCUUUCGAAGGCUGCGGGUCAGUCAGAGUGUUCAGGGCUUGUGAUCCUCCUUACGAGAUCUCCUUUCCUCAGUGGAGCUUAAAGAAGAGCGUUUCCAGGAGCGAAGUGGCCGUAGAAUCGGUCAGAGCCCUGUGCUCUGGCGAAUUGAAAGAUGGCACCUCCUGUGCCCUCCUUGCCCGGGCCAUCCUGCUUCCAGACGGUGCUUUCAAGAAGAUCGUCGUGGUGUCGAACUUGCGGAAGCUGUUAAAGGAACAUCUGCCGAAGGGUUCCUUCAAGAGCAUCCGGGAAGCGGGCAGCACCCUCUACCGAUUGGACGUCGAUGGUUCAGACCACGACAUCGAGGUGGUUUUCCGCGGCGAGGCUGCCGACCACCGAAUCGCCGAGAUGCUUUUGGAGGGCCUGUUGGCAGCACAGGCGGAUGCCCAGGAGCGCGUGGAGAGCUUGCGAACCCGGAGCAAAGACUAUCACGAGCUGGCGAGAGCACAGCUACAGCCAUUCGAGUAUGGAGUUCAGAUUCGCGGCUACCCUGAAGGCACAGAGUGGGAUGUAGUGGCCACCAAGUGGGAGCCGGGGUCUCCUGCCCACGUCCAGUAUGAUUCGAAGCAGCAGAGGUGGAAGCCCAUGUUGAGCGGCUACGUGAAGCCAGUGGUGGAGGGCUGGUGGACAUCGAAGAUGACGUUAUUCCUAGCUUUAAAGCUUCUCAAGAUGUGGAAUGCCAAUCUGCCGAAGUUGCGUCGGAAGCGCUGCGAGAGGACAGGCUCGUGGUGGCCGGUGUCGCCGCUCUCCAGCUUUCACCUGGUCCUGAUGGCGAUAGCAGCAGCUCCUCAAUGGGAUGAUUCGGGAUCGCUGCAGGCGGCCUGCUGCUUUCUCCUGCGAUUCGUGCAGGACCACUGGCACGAUGUGGCACUCGACACUGGCAUUCCCACGGCGGAACAGCACCUUUCUUGGCAAAAGAAGCACAACUUUCAGUCUAUACGUCGUAGAAGCUAG